GUCUCAUUCUUUUUACUGUGUUUUUAAAUUCUUUGUCCAUCAAAAAUGCUCAAGAACUUUGCCACUAGUGUUCGUUCCGCACUUCCAAGUGUGCGUAGAGCCGCUGUUGCCCGUCCAGCUAUCCGUACCUACGCUGCUUUCGACCGUUCCAAGCCUCACGUCAACAUUGGUACCAUUGGUCAUGUUGAUCACGGUAAGACCACCUUGACUGCUGCCAUCACCAAGGUUUUGGCCGCCAAGGGUGGUGCUUCCUUCUUGGACUACGGUUCUAUUGACAGAGCCCCAGAAGAAAGAGCCAGAGGUAUCACCAUCUCCACUGCUCACGUUGAAUACGAAACCGACAAGAGACAUUAUGCCCACGUUGAUUGUCCAGGUCACGCUGAUUACAUCAAGAACAUGAUUACCGGUGCCGCUCAAAUGGACGGUGCCAUCAUUGUUGUUGCUGCCUCUGACGGUCAAAUGCCUCAAACCAGAGAACAUUUGUUGCUUGCCAGACAAGUUGGUGUUCAAAACUUGGUUGUUUUCGUUAACAAGGUUGAUACCAUUGAUGACCCUGAAAUGUUGGAAUUAGUUGAAAUGGAAAUGAGAGAAUUGUUGACCCAAUACGGCUUUGACGGUGACAACACCCCAGUUGUCAUGGGUUCUGCCUUGUGUGCCUUGGAAGACAAGCAACCAGAAAUUGGUUCUGAAGCUAUCAUGAAGUUGUUGGACGCUGUCGAUGAAUACAUCCCAACCCCAGUCCGUGACUUGGAACAACCAUUCUUGAUGCCUGUUGAAGACGUCUUCUCCAUUUCUGGUAGAGGUACCGUCGUUACUGGUAGAGUCGAAAGAGGUUCUUUGAAGAAGGGUGAAGAAAUCGAAAUUGUUGGUGACUUUGACAAGCCAUACAAGACCACCGUCACUGGUAUUGAAAUGUUCAAGAAGGAAUUGGACUCUGCCAUGGCUGGUGACAACGCCGGUAUUCUUUUGAGAGGUGUUAAGAGAGAUGAAGUUUCCCGUGGUAUGGUUUUGGCCAAGCCAGGUUCCGUCACCUCCCACACCAAGGUUUUGGCUUCCCUUUACAUCUUGACUAAGGAUGAAGGUGGACGUCACUCCCCAUUCGGUGAAAACUACAAGCCUCAAUUGUUCAUCAGAACUUCCGAUGUCACCGGUACCUUGAGAUUCCCUCAAGGUGAAGACGUUGACCACUCCAAGAUGGUUAUGCCAGGUGACAACGUUGAAAUGGAAAUCACUUUGGUCAAGAAGACUCCAAUUGAACCAAACCAACGUUUCAACCUUAGAGAAGGUGGUAGAACUGUCGGUACCGGUUUGGUCACCAGAAUUAUUGAGUAAAUAGCUUAGCGUCGAAAUUGUAUAUAGUGAUGCAGAGACUUUGAAUGUAAA